AUGCGUCGGACGCACGAUGCAAUCCCGCCACUCUUUGACCUGUCUGCCGAGGCCAAGGAGAGCUGCAAUAUGAUCCACUCGCCGUCCUUUCUGGGGUAUACCCGCCUCGGGGCCGAGACCACAGCAGCCAGAACGGAUAUCAGGGAAUAUCCGGACCAUCCUGGUGCGCAGGCGCUUGUUGAGGAAUACAUGACCAAAAUUGAUGAGUUAGCCCAAAAGUUUGUACAUCUGGUGGCAGAAUGCCUGUCCCUUCCGGCCGACACAUUUGACGACUUUAAAGGCAAAAUGAGCCGGCUGAAGUUCGUCAAGUAUCCCGCAUCCGCACCGGACUCUCAAGGUGUCGGCCCUCAUAAAGAUUCGGCUGGUCUUUUUACUUUUCUUUCCCAGGACAACAUCGGCGGGCUGCAAGUUCUGAACAAGAACGGUGAAUGGAUUGAUGUCCCACCCGUGGACGGUAGCUUGGUGAUUAAUAUCCAGCAAGGAUUUGAGGCAAUCACCGGAGGUGUUUGCGCAGCCACAACCCAUCGAGUGAUUGCACCCACCUCCCAGACGCGCUAUAGCAUCCCCUAUUUCCUGGGGGUCCGGCUGGAUCUGACGUUGGAUGAGCUGAAGGAGUCGGCCGCGCACAUUGUGCGACGUAUCCCCGCCGCAGAUGACCGGAAGAAGCGAGCAGUCGAUGUCCCAAGUGAAUUCUUGUCCCCUUUAUAUGCCUGCGUGCGUUAA